UUUGCCGAUAGCCGAACGCGCUCCUCGGACGCGUUCUGCAGUCAGCAAGCGCCCUCGCUAUGACCACUCAGUUCGAUGACAUCUAUCAUGGCCAAAGCACGGAGUCAGGAGCUCUGCGAUUAGCAGCUCUGGGCUUAGGUUGGAAAUCGAACACAACAGAGACGAAAGUUACCAUCCCAGCAGGUGAUAUAAAGUACAUGCAAUGGAUGAGAGUUGCGCGCAACUUCCAACUUCGUGUCAUCAUGAAAGAUCAGCGGACCCGCCAUACCUUUGAUGGGUUUCAACGCGAAGAUCACGACAGAAUCUCCCAAUUGGUGAAGCAGCACUUCAGCGUGGCUUUGGAAACCAAGGAAAUUUGUACAAAAGGAUGGAAUUGGGGCGCUACCGAUAUUCAAGGGUCGGAUCUCGCUUUCCUAGUGUCGAACAAAACUGCAUUCGAAAUUCCAUUUAAAUCCAUCGCUAACACAACAUAUGGUGGAAAGGAAGAAGUCACACUAGAAUUUGCUCUCUCCCGACCCCCGCCGCCGGCGGGUAGGCGCAAGGGUGAUGAGGAGUUGGUCGAAAUUCGUCUCCACAUCCCAGGAACGCAUACUCGAGAUGCUGACGAAAAUGGGGAGCAAAUGGAAGUUGAUGGCGAAGACGAAGAGACAUCAGCUGCGAAGGCAUUUCAUGAUAUGAUCAAGGAGAAUGCCGAUGUUGGCGAGGUUACUGGACAAUCAGUGGCCACAUUCCCUGAGGUCAAUUUACUCACACCGAGAGGGCGAUAUGACAUUGACAUGUUCCUGGAUUGUUUGCGGUUACGCGGGAAAACCUACGAGUACAAGAUUAACUAUACCUCAAUAUCGAGACUAUUCCUUCUUCCUCGUCCCGAUGAUAUGCACAUUCUCCUUGUGCUGGGCUUGGAUCCUCCAAUGCGACAAGGCCAGACCAGAUACCCAUUUUUUGUCCUUCAGUUCAGUCGAGAUGAUGAAAUUGAAAUGGAGUUGCAAAUGGACGAGGAUACCUUGAAGACGUACGAAGGAAACCUCAAGGAGAAAUACGAGCAACCAGCCCAUGAGGUUGUUUCGCACGUUCUCCGUGGCCUCAGCAAAAAGAAGAUCACUGCCCCAUCGGGAUCGUUCCAGAGUCGAGAUUCGCAUAAUAGUAUCAAGGCCAAUGCACUUCUGUUCUUGGUUAAACCCACUACCUUUAUCGAAUACGACAGCAUUUCGUCGGUUGUUUUCUCUCGGGUCGGUGGUGCUAUGGCUUCUGCCCGUACAUUCGACAUCAAAGUGCUUACCAAGGGCGGACAAGAAACUACCUUUUCCUCCAUCAAUAAGGAGGAGCACGAGCUCAUUGAGACAUUCUUACGCAGCAAAAAGCUCCGGAUUAAGAAUGAGAUGAAUGAAGAGAUUCUCGUUGCUGCCCAACUCGAUGACAGCGACGAUGAUAUGGAGUCGGACACAGAAUCUGUAGAGGCCCCAAAGCGUGGCCCCCGUGUGGACGCCGAUGAGGAUAGCGAAGAAGAUGAAGACUUCGAGGCGGAGUCAACGGAUGAUGGAUCACCCUCAGAAUCAUCCGGUGAAGAGGAUGGCGGCGCCGUUACUGCAAGUGACGACAGCGGUGAUCGUGAUUUCAUGAAGAAACAAAAGAAGAAGAAGAAAACCAAUGAAGGUGGUGAUGGUGCUAGUACUGUGAAGAAACCCAAAAAGAAAGAGGCUAAAAAGACCGAAGAUGACGAAAACCCAAGGCCAAAAAAGAAGGCAAAGAAGGAUGAUGACAAUUAGUAGUUCCUUUCUUUCUUCUCGCGUUGAUUUCACUCGACUUUAAUGUGUACGGACUAGAUUGUAAUUUGACCUGUUAGCUUCCACUUUGGACCAGCACUGUACUUUGCAGCCCAUGCUCGAUCGGGUGGGCCACUUUCGGCCGAAGGCCGAGCGAUGAUACUUCAUCUCAUUACCCUUUAGUACCAUGUUGCCUCCA